AUGGUUAGAACGAGAGGUUUAGGUCAUGCAUUAGGUAAGGGUAUAGGCAGAGGCCGGGGUGGACAGGAUGAACAUCAUGCAGAUGAUGUUCCCAGGUGGCAUAGGCCUACUGCAUCCUUCCAUAGACAACGAGUACAUGUUUCUGUUGCUGAGGAAAUUGCUGAUAUGACUGAGGAUGUUCCUCCGAUGACUACGGACGUACCUGCAGUUGGUGUAGAGGGCUUAGCUAGUGAUGUUGUUGCGAGAUCAGUUGUUGAUGAUGCUGAGGGAUUCCCAGGUGGACCGCGGGACCCAUCAGUGCUGACUUCGUUUGCGGAGCAUGUUGCACACAACAUAUGGAGUGGAGAGGAACGUCCUAAAUUGAAGCUGGCCUCCCACGGAAGAAAGGUAGAGAAAUUUGGGAGGCCAGCGCCCGAGAUUGCGGGGUUAGUCGCUGCCAUAGGAUUAACUCCUUUGAUCGGGUGUUCAGUAGUCACCGGCGAUCCGGGAGUUAUAUCCGCUUUCAUGGAGAGGUAG